AUUUCGCAUUUAUAAUGGCGUCGUAGCAACCAAUGUAAACAAUAUCCGCUUUGGUUUUAGUACGUUUAGUUUAGUCGCCUUUCAAAAUGGAUCAAACAAAAAGACCUUUUCGCGUUCCCCCUGAGUUUGCAACUUACGCUGAAAAACAUGGGAUAUUCGAUAUGUACAAGAGGCUCAUUGAACAGUUGAUAAUUUCAAAACCAGAAGAUCCUCUUGUUUUUCUUAUAAAUCUAUUAAAGAAGGAGAACGAUGAUGUUCCUCAAAUUUGUAUCCUGGGAGCACCAUGUUCAGGGAAACGAUCCAUUGCCAAGCUUGUUAGUACCAAACUGCGCUGUGUGCAUAUUGUACCUAAACAACUGUUGGAAGAUUGUGACAUAGCUUUGAAGAAAAAACUUGCAAAAUAUCUUAACAGUCUUGAUAAUACUAAAGCAGCUUUAUGGGAGAGGCUUCCACAAAUACCUCCAGAGCUUUUGGUUAAAAUUCUAAAAGAGAGAUUGAAUUUCCCUGAUUGUAUAAAAAAAGGUUGGGUAUUGGAGGGAAUUCCCCAGACAAGAGAGCAAGCUCUUAGUAUGCAAGAAAAUGGAAUCUUCCCUAAACACUGUGUUGUCCUUGAAGCCCCUGACACUGUUCUUGUAGAAAGAGCAGCUGGAAAGAGAGUUGAUAAGAAGACUGGAGAUGUUUAUCAUACAACCUUUGACUGGCCGGGUAAUCCUGAUGUCCAGGAAAGACUAAAAGAACCCAAGGGCUACAGAGAGGAAGACAUGGUGAACAAGCUGGUAGUUUACCAUAGACACAGUGAUGGGAUUUUUCGCUGCUAUGAAAGGGUUAUUAAAACGCUAAAUGCUGAUCAGCCUAAGGCAGAUGUCUUUUCCCAAGCAUAUUCUUACCUAUGCAGUCAGCCCAGGUCGAGUGCACCACACACACCUCGCAUUGUGUUAAUUGGAGCUACUGGAAGUGGUAAAGGAGUCCAAGCAGCUCUGCUGGCUAACAAGUAUAAUCUAGUUAAAGUGUCUUGUGGACAGUUGAUAAAACAAGCAAUAGCCCAAGAAACAAAGUCUGGACUUGCGGCUAAGCCGUAUGUUGAGAAAGACUUGAUAAUUCCAGACAGUAUUGUGUUGGACAUUUUGAAGGACAGGCUAUGUCGAUUAGACUGUGUUACUAGAGGCUGGGUUCUGCAUGGUUACCCACGCACCAGGGAGCAGGCUGAGCAACUAGAUAAAGCUGGUCUCAGACCCAAUAGGGUAUUUUUUCUCGAUGUACCAAAUGAUUCUGUGAUAGAGAGGCUGACACUCCGAGCUAUGGAUCCCAUCACUGGAGAGAAAUACCACAUGCUGUAUAAUCCACCAAUCAACCAAGAGGUCAAGGACAGAUUGUGGAAAAAUGAAAAGGACAAUGAAGAAAAUGUACGUAAACUUCUGGGUCAGUUCUUUGCCUACAUGGAAGAAUUGUUGGACUUCUACACUGAAGGUCAGCACAUCAACGCUGACCAGGACCCUCACACUGUCUUUGAGUGCCUAGAGAGCAUGAUUUGUAAGCCACUGCCCAAAGCUUUCAAUUGAGCUUGCUGAAUAUUUUUUAAAAUCAGGAUAGAUAACUCUCAACUUAAAGAUAAUUUUACAAAGCUAUCUAAGUGUUUAAUAAAAAUCUUUAAAAAAAAAACAUUAGUAUACAUUUGAACGUGGGAAAGAAAAAUUUGAAUAUUUUUUUAAACAGUCUAGAUUAAAUGGUUUGGUGUUUGAAAACAAAUUUUCUUUUUCAUCAGCACUUUCAUUGAUAGAUUUAAGCCAGUGGUUUGCAGGUGUUGCCAUAUGUACUCAAUAAUCUCUUUUUAACUAAAGUGUUUCGAGUUUAGUUCGACUUUGAGAAAUAUUUCAGCAAAAGUUAAAUUUUUUUUUUAAUUGUAUAGAGUAUUAAAUCUUUCUAUACAGUAUUUAUUAAAUGUGUCACAUUUUUAUAACCAUAUAUCAUAACUAUAAUACAUUGUCACUUUGAAUAAUCUAAUAAAAGAACUUUUAAAACUGACAGCUUUUUGCUUCAGUGCUAGUUUUGUUAAGAUGGAUUUAUUACAAUAUUUUUAUUAUAGUUUCAAUAUUUCGACUGAUUAAACAAAUAAAAAUACUGGUA